GGUGUUGUUUGUUUCCUGAACUUGUCUGCAACAUAUGUUUGCCGAGGACAAUGAUUGCUGAUACAGUUUCUUCUCGUUAUUGUUAUUUCAUGAUUGUCAGGCUUCAUGAAGAACAAGAAUUGAUUAUCACAUAUAUCGACAUGAACAAGUAUGAAAUGAUACCUAGAAACUCAGUCUUUUAACGAGUUUGGGCCCAAUUUUCCUCCGAGCAGCUAGCAGCUGCUUUUGAUCAGACGAACGCGAGAGCCAUUGCCGACGGGGCGGAGCCCCGGACUGGUGGAGCUGGACUGCGUUGCGAACAUAUUUCAAUCCGACUACAAAUAAUACAGACCUCAACUUCAAGUUAAAAAUCUGUGACUGUAGCCCUUUUUGUGCCCCAACUGUGAGCAUGCAAGAAAUCACUCCAGAAUUCGUAUCUACUGCUGGUGCUGCAGGAGCAGAUGACUGAUUUUAUUGCUGAAGACGAGUUAGUUCCUUUUAUGAUGGAUCCUCAAACGCUGGAAGACGGCACUACGCACACCGAGUCACCAUAUUCAAGCGCAGCUUAUAAAAGACCUACCGCAGGGAGCUCUUUGAUUGACCGCCCUCAGGAACAAGCUAUCAGUGGCAAAGGAUGGGGUCGAGUCAAGAAAUUUGUGACGGGCCAAUCAGGAUUUCCAAAGAGUGUGUUCUUCAUUGUAGGAACAGAGUUCUGCGAAAGGUUCUCCUUUUAUGGCAUGAAAGCCAUCUUGGUUCUAUAUCUGACAAACAUUCUACUCCUUGGUGACAAUACAUCGACAGUGAUCUUCCAUUCCUUCAACAUGCUGUGCUACUUCUCUCCAAUCAUUGGUGCAAUGAUAGCUGAUGGUUGGCUGGGAAAGUACAAAACUAUUGUUUAUGUUGCUCAGAUCUACAUGCUGGGCAAUGCAGUCAUGUGCUUCACUGCGCUACCUCCCCAGACGACAGGCAAUCCUGAAUUAGUUGGUCCUAUGAUAGGCCUAUUACUAAUAGGUCUAGGAACUGGUGGGAUCAAGCCAUGUGUGUCGGCCUUUGGUGGAGAUCAGUUUAAAGCAGAUCAGGAGAAAGAAAUCCAGAGGUUUUUCUCAGUAUUCUAUUUCUCCAUUAAUUCUGGGAGUCUCAUCUCAACGUUUGUGACCCCUAUCCUUCGUCAUGAUGUCAAGUGCUUUGGGAAUGACUGCUACACUCUUGCCUUUGGUGUUCCUGCUGCUCUAAUGGCAGUUGCCAUCGCAAUUUUUGUAUGUGGGCGUUACUUUUAUCAGCAAAAUCCUCCUUCUGGAAAUAUUGUUGGAGAAGUUAUUCAAGCAAUGGGGUUUGCUGUGAAAAAUCGAUUUCAGAAUAGAAACAGUCCAGAGAAGAAAGAGCAUUGGCUUGACUGGGCAGAGGAAAAAUAUGGUGCUUCUUUGAUAGAAGACAUCAAGGUGCUUCUCCAUGUCCUGUUCAUCUUCUUACCACUUCCUUUCUUCUGGGCAUUGUUUGACCAACAAGGAUCUCGCUGGACACUCCAAGCAGAACACAUGGAUGGUCGACUGGGCUCUUAUCAAAUCAAACCAGAUCAAAUGCAGGCCCUAAAUCCAGUUUUCAUCCUAUUCUUCAUCCCUCUUUUUGAAGGAGUCAUUUACCCCCUCCUAGACAAGUGCAAUGUUCCAAAGCGUCCCUUGCAAAGGAUGGCUGGUGGGAUGAUCCUUGCUGCUAUUGCUUUCAUAUUAGCUGGUUUCCUUCAGUUGAAAAUAGAUAGUACUGAAAUCAAGUUACCAGGCAAAGACCAAGCUAUUGUCAAUAUUAUCAAUGCAUCACCUUGCCCCAUCGGUGUUGAAAGUGAAUUCUAUACUGGAAAUAUUGAUAUAGGCAAGGGGACCAAAGAAAUUGAUUUUCCAGUUGGAGAUUAUGACGUAAAAAUUGAGCCUAGCUGUUCGGAACUGGGUAGCGUUAAAUUAUUUUCUGCCAGCUUAGGUAGUCAAAAGGUUGAAAGUGUCACAGUGUACAGUUCAGGAGACCAAAUCCAAGCUAUUCAGGUCAAAGGUCAUUUAGAAAAAUCAAGUAAAGGACUGGGAAAAAUAAGUUUUGGAUAUUUCAUGUCUACUGGCACUCUACCGGAUAACCUGACCAUCUCCAUAGAAGAACCUUUAAAGGAUAUAACUUACACCAUGCAUGUUCUACGAAACAAUGUCAGCUCAUCUCGCGGUAUUGAGCCUGGAGAGUACAAUGUGUAUGGAUUGCCUGAGGGAAAUGCUAGUAAAGAGCUUUUGGGUCAUGUUGAUGUUCAGAUGGGCGGCAUCUAUCGGUUAGUUUUACAGCCUGCCAAUAUAUCACAUCCAGAUAUUAUUCAUCUUGCUAUCCAUAUGGAGGUCCUGCCUAAUAGUGUAUCAAUGCUCCUACAAAUACCACAAUAUGUUAUCAUCACUUGUGGAGAGAUUUUAUUCUCAAUCACUGGUCUGGAGUUUUCUUACUCACAGGCCCCAUCUAGUAUGAAAUCCUGUGUUCAAGCCGCUUGGCUUAUGACUGUUGCCUUUGGGAAUCUUAUUGUUGUCAUCAUCGCUGAAUCUCAACUAAUUGAAAGCCAGGCUAUGGAAUUCUUCCUCUUUGCUGGUCUAAUGGGUUUCAUCAUCCUCCUAUUCUCCAUCAUGGCGUGUUGUUAUGUCUACGUCACACCUAAAGAACGAGAUGUACAGAUGCAUGAUACAGCCGGGCUUGUCGCAAACAGUGAUUUAGAUGAGUCUGGUACAGCAGGCUAUCAAAGCUUAGAAGACUCGGCUCAGAAAUGAUAUUCUCUUCCUGGUGAAAUAUCAAGAAUCAUACUACUCUGGAUAUUAGUUUGUAUCGCUACUGGAUGUAUUGAUUGUUAGAAAUAUUCCUUUUUAUGCAGACCACAUUAUGUUACAUGUAUUUAUUGUAUGUUGUAGUUUCUUAUUUGUAACUUGUUUCAAGU